CCAACGCUGUCUGCGUUCGACCCAAUCCUCAAACUCUGCUGCUCACCUAGACCCAAGAGCAACCGACGCAACGCGGCUUGGGGGCCCAGCGCCUUGCGCCCCCAAUUCUAAAACUCUCUAUUCCCAGUGGUUUGUGUUGCUUAACGUCCAAGCCUAGAAGAACGUCGUCAAGGGAGAAUCGUUCACACCUACUUGUUUAGCCGCCGUUGCGUGUGUGGUGGUGGUGUUUGUGCUUGGGUGUUUGGCUUGUUUGACGCGCUAGGCGUUCUCUGCAAUUGCUUUGGGGGCCGCCUUCGUGGUGGUAUCAAGUGUUGCCUACAUCAGAAGAACCAUUGAACACUCAGUAGAAAGACUGGUCACCAUUAUUCCUUGUGACUGCUGUAGUUGCUGAUUUGUUAUGAAGGCUUGUGUAUGUAUGGCGGACCAAUACUGACAAGAAAAAGAAGAUGCUGUAUGUGCAACAAAGUCAUGAGCCAAGUGCAGAUGGCUCGUGCAGCUGCUGUUGCCGUCGCGUCAUGUCCCGACGCCCGUGACUGCCCCAUGUGCGACUAUGUGGCCACAGCAAGGUCAUCGCUGAUCAUCCACAUGCGCAAGCAUACUGGAGAGCGGCCCUAUCGCUGCCACCUGUGCCCCGCCGCGUUUGCCAAGAGCAGUGACCGCAGCCGCCACUUUCGCACCCACCAGCUGCACAAGCCCUUUAACUGUGGCAGUUGUGGCAAGUCGUUUGCACAGAGGCGCAGGGACCUCCAGUCAUGGACCUGUCGCCAUGCCUCUACACCAAGGUUGGCCCCAGAUACAAGUGCGUCCUGUGUAACUUUGCCACGAAGGUCACUGACAACCUAUGUGCUCACAUGCACGCACAUAACGCUGGGCCGUCCAGCCUCUAUGCCCAGCUUGGACAACAUUGGCAGUGCCUGGUCUGCGGCUACAUCUCGAAGAAAGGAAACCUUAGGGCUCACAUCCGAUCUCGCCAUCCUACAGCUGUCAACAUUAGCAGGGUCUCCUGCCGGCCACAGAGAGCAACAAGUUGCUAGAGAACUCUGCCGGUUCCCUGAAACGUGCGAUGCCCUCGUGUUGCUCAUGCCAUACUUGGGUACCAGCAGCCUGUUACUAGCUGGACUCGAAUAUAUAUACUACGAGGCUUUAGAGCUUUACUGCCUGUACCAAAUUCUUUGAAAUAUCUUGGCCACUAAGUGAUAAUUUCACUUCUCACCUGCUUGAAGCAAGGUGAACUUGAAGGAUCAUUAAAUGUUUCACAAAUGUUGUGUGCCUUUACCCAUGGCCAUAUCUAUUGCACUUGCUUCUUUCAAGAUGAGCUGGAACAGGGUUGACCUUCAAUGUGUAGUUGCCAAGCUAUUUACAUGAACUUUUUGACACACUGUCCUGCGUUCGUACAAGAUGGCAUGUGUUAAGCACCUCUGGUUGUGUUUACAUCAAAUCUUGCAGUUUCUGGAGACUUGGCAUGUCAUAUCUUUGUCUUGUCUUUUUGCAUGGUUCAUUUUUUAUGGUGCAGAUGAAUUUAUGAGCCUUUGCUUGCCUUGUGUUCAGCAGUCUCGGCAGUUGCUGCUUCUGUAGCGUGCACAUAAUCAUUUUGUAUGAUGCUGUUGGUUUGCAUGAGCCUUCCCUUGGUUGUGUUUCGGCUCCUUCAGGUUGCGGGCAUGUUGGUAUGAUCAGCAAGCCACUGGUGGUUUCCACACUUUUGUCACAACCACUUGAGGGUUGUUCUACGAAUGCGGGUGCUAUGUUCUGGUGCUGCUGUAAAGUACCAAGGCAAGUCUAGUCAGGAUAGAGAUCGGUUCAGAAUUAAGGCCAAAUAAUUACUGAAAUAAUUACUGAAAUUACUGAAAUAAUGUAUUACUGAAAAUUACUGAAAUAAUUACUCCAAACAAACUCAAAAUGUCCUCAGGUUCAUAGUUCUUUAUGAUAGCAUAUAAGAGGUGUACUGCCAUGUGUGUGUGGUGUAGAGAAAUGGCUACUAACAAUCGCCACUGUGAUAUUUUGAAGUUGUUGUGUACAAGAAGUUCGAUUUCUGACACAGAUCGGUAAUGCAACAUAAGGCAUGUAAUAAUCCAUCCACAUGUAUGCAGUCAACUCAUGUUAAACUUUUUGCUUAAUCCAAACGAACUAGAAAGUCGUGGCAAAAAAAGCAUACAUAGCUAUAUGAGGAAAACAUGUUUAGUUCAAACAUAAAAGCAUGCUGUUUGGCUAAUUUGACCCCACCGGUGCCCCUCAGGCGCACAGCAGUUACUGAAAGCCUGAAAAUACGAGAAAUUCAGUAGAUAGCUCUAUUGCUUUCCUAAGCCUGAAGCUGUUUUUAUCUUUCAGUGGCCAACACUCUUUCCACCCAUGAAGCCAUUUGUUCCCUUCUGUUUAGUGUUGGGUCACUACUACGGCUCAUGUUGGGCUCAAUGCUGCAGGUUCUCUUCACCGCAUGUGGGUUAAGUUGUGAUUCAAGAGCAGGGAAAAAAGAAAGACAUUGCAUACUACUUCAAGAAAAAAAAUGAUUUUGACUUCAUUUGCUUUGCAACUGUGUUUGCUAGUUUGGCCUUUCGGAUAAUUCGACCAGACCUUGCUGUCCCUCAAGGUUUGAAUUAAUGGUAGUCGACUAUAUUGAGAUAACUUUAAGCUUUUUCAUUGACUAGUUCUCCCUUAAACAAAUAUAGAAAAUAAGCUCUGUUGACUGCUUCAAUAGAGGAACGCUGGGUGAUGAAUCGGGAAAUAAGGUGAUAUUUUGUCAUGUAUGUGCAGAACUCCAGAGCUUACUUGUGGGCCAACUAUCUACAACUACCACAGUGGGCGCUAAAAACUAGUAUUCCUAUGACAACUCUGGGUUACCCAAUAUUUGCUUAUCCACUGGUAUUUUGCUAAGGUCAUUUGAGUUGCUUCCAUAGUUUGGAAAUUUACGCAGGUCGAUCAGCUUUUAGUGUUUUUCAAGAACAAGAAAUUUAGCCACAACCUUUGAGUUUAAGCUUUCUUUGGAGUUUGGGCUUUCCUUUGGGAUUGUGCUGUGCCAAUAUUAUUUGUGCUGCAAAUGUUUGAAAUUUACAACAUUUUUUUCCUUUUUUUGCAUGCAACAUUCAGACAUUCUGUUGUAAAUGGAUGGGGUUUGUCUCUAUGCUACUGAUCUUCUGCUGUCAAUGCCCUUACCUUUUUGUUUGCUGUCUGUCACUUGAAGUUAUUUACUACAGCUAUUUUUGCACUUGGGGCACUGUGAAAAGCCUGCUAAUUAUUUUCAGUGCGGAGAUAAUACACUCUUUAAUAUCUAGUUGUGUUGCUGUGAUACUGAUGUUUGUGUAUGUGGUACUGAUACCCACAUAAACAUGUUGGUAUUGUGGGAGAGUGCAUUCUGGUUGUUGUGAGCACCUAAGCAGUUGAACAUUUGUUGUUAUAUCUAGUGCUGCUCGAUACUUUAGAAUUUACUGUUAUGUCUACUUGAGCUGCUUUGAUACUGUUGAUACGCACAUAAAUGUGUUGGUAUUUUUGGUAAAAGCUUUCCGAUUGUUGUAGGUGCAUAAGUCAUUGAACAUACUAUUUACACAGUGGUGCUAUGAUACAAUGGAUUUAUUAUCGAACAGACUGUUUGAUAUCUCUUGGUGCUGCUGCGGUCCUGAUAAACAAAUAAAUAUGGUGAUAUAGUUAGAAAAUGUGUUCCACUUGAUUUGCACAACACAGGUCAUUGUACUGGGCAGGUUCAGGUACAAACCCAAAAUAUGCUGAGGUUCAUAGUUCUUUUGUGAUAGCUGAAUAAGAGGUGGACUGGCAUAUAUGUGGUAUAGAAAAGCGGCUACUGAACAAUCGCCACUGUGAUAUUUUGAAGUUGUUGUGUACAAGAAGUUCGAUUUCUGACACAGAUUUUCUCUAUAUGUUGAUCUGGAAAGCCAGUAUGUACAGUUUAUAAGAUUGUCUGUAUUUACUGCUGAGCUGUAUCAUUGUCUAAGUCAUCUGCUUGCAUGUACUAGUGACAUUCUGUAUGUUCUUUGAAGCAAUUUUCAAGUCUUAUAAUGAUCGUGUGACACACGCAUGAAUAAAAGCAUACAAAACAAAUAAAAGCAGGUAUUGUCAGCAUGUUUA